AUGAAGCUCCAAUUAUUCCUCCUCAUUUCCUACAGUACCCUGAUCUCAGCCCAAUUCCAAGGCCAAGAAUGGCCCACUCCAAACUUUAUGCAGCCAAUCACCCGCGCGCCGCCAAAAUGGGAAUGGACCCGAUGGAGCAACGACUGGGAAUUUUGGCGAUCGUGCGGCGGGAGGGCUUGUACUGGUAAGUCUUAUCUGGCGACGGAAAAUUCUGGCUUUUCGAUGAUAACACCAUCCGGACCGAGCGAUCCGGACCAUAUUGGGGAUGGCAACAAAACGCCGGAAAAUAAACCACGACUGGCGGCAUUUCGUUUGAUGGCUGGCCGACUGACAGUGAAUGCCAUUCAAUCAGUGGCCGACACAGAACUCCUUCUUCUACCCGGACACAUCGCAUCCCACAUAACGAGCAUCCUAUGUGAAAUGUUGCUCGGGAUUGUCGCGUUGCUUAUCGGCCGGAUAGAGGCAUCGGAUUUUGACUAUGCCAGAAUAUUGGGUAAUCCAAAAAUGACGUGCGGGGAAGAUGGGGUGAUGCUCGACAUUGAGACAUCACUGCCGUUUCAAGGUCGAAUUUAUGUGACGGAUAAGAACGGGUCUCGCGUCUACUCGGGCUUCAUCUCAAUCGGCUUCCAUCCGGUGGUGAUGACCCCGUCGGAUCGGGUUUUCGCGUUGCGUUGCCUCGACGAGGCUCCGGUCCGAGAGAUCAGCGACCGAUCAGACGUAAAUUGUACACAUGCCGUCCGUCAAGCCGCACAUUGGGACCGUAUGCCGACAAAUUUUACCAUUGGCGACCCGAUAGUGCACGACUGGAGUUGCCAGUUCCCGCGUGAAGAAGAAGGCCAAUUUUUGACGGUCUUAACAUACUGUAGUGCCGUGUCGCGCACCGGCCAGGUGAUGCACUUAAUUGAUGAAAAUGGUUGCAUCGUGGACCAGGAACUGCUCAGCGACCUCACCUACAGCAAUUAUCAAGUGAAAAUCUACGGGAGGGCGAAGAUGUUUCGUUUCGUUUCGGGUGAUAAAUUUCGAUUUGAAUGCCGACUGCGGAUGUGCCGGAAAGGUGUUGGGGGUUGCAACUCGGAAAGCAUACCCCCAAAGUGUGCAUUCACAAAAGAGGAAAUAUUGAAGCACAAAGAGGGUCGGCGAACGCGUUUGGAUGCUGUGGAUCAACAUUUCAAGACUAACCUCUUAAAUGAUGCCGUCAGCUUUGCGAGGGAAAUUGCCGUGUCUAGCGAAUGGAUUCACGUAGCGCAUAAUGACUACACAGAUGCGGAAAACCUUCGAGAAAGAUAUCGAAUCAAUGGAGUUGUGGAUCACUCGAUGGAACCGUUGGCUCGACCAAUAAGGGCUCCACAUUUCCUCAAAUAUAUUUCAUAUCGGGAUGUGGAUCUGAUCAAAUCCCCCUCAAAGCCAAAUCAAAUUUCAAUCGUUGAAAACCAGCUAGUUAAAAGGGUACCAAGCUCCGUCGAUUUCAACAGUAUCGACGAGUUGCAUCCUGAUUUUGGCGGAAGCAUUUCGAGAACUUCCAAGGAAGUUCAACCUCCAAUGGCCGCCACGAUGCGUUUCCUGCCCGUUUUGGCGACGAAGUUGGAGAUAUUUGAAAAAUCAAAGCCCACGUGGCGGACAACCUACAUAAUUUUACCUCCAGGCUCCACGCCUUCACCCGAUUUAUUCAGGGAAACUAAGGGUGAAGAUGUGCUCCAGCUGACGUUACCGUCCACGGGAUGGCAGAUUGCGCAAACCCCAAGGGUUGCACUACCUUUUGACGAUGUCCCGGCAGGAACCACGACAACAACAAGACGACCGAGAAAAGUCGUGUAUCGGCCAAAUGAAUCGGAGGCGCGAGAAGAUGAUCUCGAGCUAAUGGAUCUUAACGCCGGAGAACCACCGUUCGAUGCUGACAGCGCGGAAAUCAAUCGAAUUCCGGGGAGUGUAAAUGAUAUUCAAGAACAAUUUGAAAACCAUCGGCAACAAUGGCGCCUGGACGAAGUACCGGUGAAUCAGAAUGAAACGAUUAUCCUGGCUGGGGCCCAGUGCUCUAAUUCGACAACAUCCGGGACCUCUCAAAGAUGCAAAUGGAGCUCGAUGGAGAACAUCUUGUUGGCUUGGUCGUUCGGGUCAUUGGUGUUGUGGAUUAUACUUGGAGCCAUGACUUGGGUACUCCGCCUGGGGUUGCUGGCCCUGCUGGCCCUUCGAUCAUAUGCCGGCUUCUCGAAGACGGAAGAGCUGGAAUGCAUGUUCCUCGGAUAUCCCGAUCUUGAGUAUGAUGGCUUUGACCGGACAGAGGUAUUGACGGAAAAGAAUUUCAACAAGACGGUCUUUGCCGAAGAUGCCAAGUCGGUCAUCUUCUUCAACGACGUCGAGGACGACGACCCGGAACUCGAUCAAUACGAGUGUUUCCUCCAGCUAUCCGCCCAAAUUAUGACCAAGCGCGGCUACAAUUUCUACACCGUCAACACCACCAAGGAGGUCAAAUUGAGGCGUCAAGAAGAGGUCGAAAAGGGCGAGGAUACGAUCCACGUCUACAAGGAUGGGUACAAGAUCGAGUACAACGGUGUCCGCGACCCGGAGACGUUCGUGUCGUGGCUGAUGGACAUCCCGGAUGAUCCGGUGACCAUCAUCAAUGACGAGCACGAUCUCGAGGAGUUUGAAGAGCUCGAGGACGAUUGUGUCAGGAUUGUUGGCUAUUUCGAGCCCGGAUCGGCCGCCCUGAAAGAAUUCGAAGAAGCCGCUGAAGAUUUUAUGGGGGAAAUCGAGUUCUACGCUGUUGUGAACAGCUACUGGGCCAGGAAAGUCGGACUCAAGCGAGUUGGUGAGGUGCAGAUGUGGAGGCCAUUCGAGGAAUCGCCACUUUUCGCUCCAACCUCUGUGGAUACCGAGGAGGAAUUCGAGGACUGGGUGGAGAAGCACAAGGAGCCGGUAAUGGUCAAGCUGCAGCUGGACAACUAUUUCAACGUCUGGCGCGACCCAGAGGAGGAUGAGCGCAUGGUACUGGCAUUCGUCGACGAGGAGACGCGUGAGGGCCGAGCGAUGAAGAAGCUGCUCGACAAGCUGGCCGACGAAAACUCGGAGCACGCCGGAACCCUGGAGAUUAUCCUUGUUGAUCCUGAUGAGUUCCCACUGAUGGUCGAUGUCUGGGAGGAGAUGUUUGGCAUUGAUAUCGAGGAGGGACCUCAGAUUGGAUUGGUUGAUAUUUCGGAGAAAGAAGGAAUCUGGUUCGACAUGUCCCAAGUGAACCUUGACGACCCGAAGAAGCACUCCGACUCCAACUUCGAAGUCCUCCAGACCUGGGUGGACCAGAUCAUGAGCGGGCAGAUCUCGUUGGAUGAUGAUGAUGACGAUGACGAGCCCCCGCCACCACCACCCACCAAAUCCGGAAAGAAAUCGAAGAAGGAGCUC